CGUGGCUUUCAGAGUAUGACGCGAUCCGCUCUGUUUUGGGACAGGGGACCUGAAAGCUCAGGUGAACUACUUUUACAUGUUUUUCUACCGGAGACUGGCUGUAAAUCAGCCGAUGCAGGCAGCUGUCAUGAGGUGAAGACAGCCUACAUGAUGCGCCAAAUAGGACCGGUGGAGCUGGUGCCAGACAGGCCAGGAACAGAUGAGUCUCUGCGAGUGUGUGUCUACCCUGGGCCCAGCUGCUGUACCAGUAAGAUGGAGGACAGCUACAUGGCGGCUGUUCGCAGUGAGACGCAGCAGAAGAUGCAAUCCUACAGCUUUGAACUUAAGUACCUGAUCGCUGGACACACCAAGGCCUACCAAGACACCUUUGAGUCGCUCGUGUCCUUCACAUCUAACAUGACCAGCACUCUGUUCGACAGCGCCUACUCUGCUCUGGCGUCCGACUGUCGCCCCCUUGUGUUUCGGCUGUUCAGCGACAUCAAACGCCACCUUUCUGGAGACUCCAAUUCCACAUUGGACAACGCUGUGCGUCGGUUCUACAAUGAUCUUUUCCCGUUGGUCUACCGCCGCCUGCUCAACCCUGGGAUCGGCCACCUGACAGCCAAGUCCUAUUUCCCCUCCUCCACAAAUCACGACGACUGCCUGCGGAUGACGCGGCAGGAUGUCAGCCCGUUCGGACCCCAUCCUCGCCUCCUGGUCAGCAGCUUGUCCCGUGCACUCGGGGUGGGCCGAGCACUGAGCCGACUGCUGGUACUGGCUGGAGAGGUCGUGAACGCGACCGAGAAGGCAACGUUAUCCAGAGAGUGUGGGCGAAGCUUAGUGAGGAUGCAGUACUGUUCCCACUGUAGAGGGAUGACACUGAUACGGCCCUGUACCGGACUGUGUGUCAACAUUAUGAGAGGAUGUCUGGUGGGUGUAUCAGAGCUUGGCGCCCCCUGGGGGAGUUUGGUGGUGUUGCUUCAACGGUUAGCUGCUACCUUAGCAACCAGCAGCAACCACAACAGCAUGGAGUUAGCUCUGUUAGCAGUCCGAAAUCAUGUGAAUGAUGCUAUACUGCACGCUCAGCUGCACGGGCCACGAGUUACAGCCACAGUAGAGAAGGUGUGUGGACCCCAGGCAGCUGGUCCCAUGAUGCCAAGUGCAAAUCCCACCACCUCGCAUGUUACACCAUCUGUGAGCCCUUCUACAUCAGUAACCUCAGAGAGGUCCAAUGGGACAUCGCCUCCCUCAGCUCACCAGCGUCUGCAGCCGCAAUCCCGCAGGUCAUUCCUACUUAAAGGCUCCAGAGGAGACAAGAGUCGCAACCUGAAAAAACUGUCAAGGGAGUUUGAGGGCUCUAUCCAGCGGUACCAGUGGUUUUUCUCAGAGCUGCCAGAGAUGCUAUGUGAAAGUGAGAUGGAGGUUGAGCAGCACACAUGCUGGAGCGGCCAAGAACUCGUAGAAAGUUAUGCAGGUCUUGUGGUUGGCAGCAGUUUAAAAGCCCAGAAGGAGAACCCAGAGAUGACCGUCCGUAAUACAGAUCCUGUGCUCAAGGGGGCGAAACAGAGGCUGGAGCAGCUAACACAGGAGGUGUUAGUGGACCUCGGCUGGGUGAGCAAAGCCAGAGGAAAGGAGGAGGAAGAGGAGGGAGGGAGCGCACAGACAGAGAGAGGCAGCGGAGACGACUGCGAUGAUGAAGAUGGCUGUGAAGCAUCUGGUGUGGAGAACGGUGAUACAUCCAGCGGUCGUAGUCCAGUGACAAAGGACAUUGCUCCUCCUCCUCCUCGUCGCCUCGUCCCUCCUCAUCACCUCUCACCACCACAGGUGGCUGUUCAAGGCUCAGCCCACACGCUGUCUGUUGAACCUUUGACCCUGGCGACCAUGCUGCUCCUACUGCUGUCACCGUGGGAACACCGCUGAUCACAGAGAGACGCUCUGACAGAGACAAAAAGACUGAGAGACAACCACAAAGGUUUUGUGGUGAAGUUGAGCAUUUGGAGUUUCUGUAAGCACAGGUCAAACCCACUCUGAUCGGUUUAUGUUUCGGGUGGGACAAUCUGUCGGUUCAUCACAGUUGCAGGUGCACAGUAUGCAUUUUAAUGUUACCUGUACUGACCUCUACGUGUUUGGUUAUGUGUAUUUAACUCUGAUAGGAUAGAUUGCACAGCACUACUGACGUUUUUGAAGAGAGAUGUAAAUACAAAUAUAUAUAUUAUAUAUUUAUAUGAAGAAUUUCUAUAGAUAACAAAGGCUUGAUGUGUAAAUAGAGAUUACAACAGAACAGAAGAGAUUGACUUGGAUGUUAAGCAGUGUUUUGUUUGGUUUGUAUCCCCCAUGGAGACUAAGAUCCAUGACAGCUAUAGUUCAAGCUGAAGGUCUUCACUGUAUAGCAGCAGUGUGCUCACAGUGAGGGCACUCUUGUGAGGACGUAUUAAUGUUGAAGAGAACAAAGCACUGAUAUGCAAAACAACCAAUUACGCAAUACUUCAGACCAUUUACAGAUGGCCACGCAGCAUAAUGAAGAAUUUGACAGUUUGGCCUGUAAAUCUGUGCGGACUAGAGCCCAUCCGGCACUUUUCUUUCACAGAAUCAUGCUCUUUUUAGUCAUGCAAGCUGGGUGAUUUAUUUUAUUUCUGCAGCAAGUACUGCAUGUUGAGAGUUUCAACUGUGUAACACUUGCUCAAAUGUUUAAUUCCUCCAAAAAUGACCAUUUAAUAGUUGAGAUCUCUCCCAAGAAACUGUGUCCUCUGGUAGUUUGACAUUUCUACACAUAUACAAACCUUUUAUGGUCUUGGUAGUUGUGGAAGAACUUAAGACUAUUUUCUUCUCAAGAUGUACAGCAUGCAGAGUUGUAAAAGGACUACAGAAAGGGAUGUAACAGCUUCAAUUUUAACUUCAAUUUCACUUGUAAACUACCACAGAUAUCUUGACAGAAAGUUCAGAGUAAAAAUAAGAAUAUCCUAACCAAUAAAAAGCACCAAAUACAAGGAAAUACUAAAUAUGGCCUGUAUGUAAGAGCAAAAAGACACAACCUCCUGCCAGAACAAUGAAUAAUUGAACAUCUUGUUGUCAUAUGUAAACACACACAAAACGUGUCACAGUGGCUGGUCUCCAUAUGUAUUAAUGAAAACUGCAAUAGUGAGAUAAUAUUUAAGACAUCUAACAAAAUACGUAUUAUAUAUUAAAGGCUUUUUCUGAGUCUGAUACACAUGUUAUCAGCUUGUCUCCAUCCAGUGAAGACAAGAGAUGGAGUAUAAGAGAGUGAUCAGAGUACAGCUGAGCCCUGGUCCAAACGUGAAUUAAAUGUAAUUCAUGUUAAUUAAGACUAUCAAGUCCUCUCGGCUCUCUGUCGAGUCUCAAACCCCCCAAACUACACACAACAAGCAGGACAGACAACUGGAAUACUGAUUAAUACAUUCAAAAUGAAGCAAAUGAACCAGCUGACUUUCUCCUCAUCAUUUUGUCCCAUAUAGUCUUUUGAAAAUUCCCUCAUAAAUGUAUCUACUGUCAUCACCUGAGACAGUUUAUUCAAUAAGGAAUGUGAGACGACUUCAAAAAUACCUUUAAGAGCCAACGUGUGUGAGUUAUCUGGGCAGCGAGCCCAAAUACCAUGUUAGCUGGCAGGAUGCUUUCACAACAUAAUUUGUCAAACAAGCGUGCUAUUAUUUGAUUACUAUUUAAACGUUAUACCCAAAUCAGAUGAGAUUUUGGAUUGGAGCCCGCCACUCCAUCCUUCACAGCUCUUGCUAGGCGGCCUCCAUAAACAAAACACCAACACGCACCCGUGCACAUACAGAUAAGUGGAUGUAUAAAAGAGUGGGCAAUUAACAGCAAUUUUGGAGUUAUGAAAAAUUUAAAAAGAAACAUUAUUUUAUAAACGUAUAAACUUGAAAACAUAAAAGCUCUCUUGGGUAAUAGUUCAAAUGUAAUCGUCCGGAAAGUGAAGAUGAACUGUAAGCCACUAACUGCUACUGUAUCUGUGGAUCACAGGUUUAAAUGAGAUAUAUUUGCAUUAAAUGACGUGGGACUCUUGUUAGUGCAUAUUUGUAUAUGAUACCGAGUGAUGUUUUUCACAUCAGCAUAGAAGUGACUUUCUGUUGUUCCUCUUGUACUGUGUUGACAUAAUGGUUCUCAGCAUGUGUGUUGAGGCACACUGGUGUGCCAUGGAGGGAGCUGUGCUGCGUGUCAUUGUCAAAUCAUUAAAUGUACUUUAUCAAGGUUUAACAGCUCUUUGUGUGUAGAAAUUCUAAUGUUGUUGUAGCAGUAUGCAGGAACACCAGGAUGCAAGAAACAACCAGUUAGCUACGGUAGUAUGGUUUCUCUCCCCACACUCUGAAAACUACUGUGCUAAUUUAUUCAACUUAACCAGUGACUCUCAUGUGAAAUUUUAUGAAACCUACUGUAAUCCAUGGUGUCCUGCUACUCUGUUGUGUCAUUAAUCUGCAGAUUAAUAUCCUCAGUAAUAAACAGUUUUCAAAUA